AUGUUUGAGGCGCGUCUGGUUCAAGGAAGCGUGUUAAAGAAGCUUCUUGAUGCGAUCAAAGACCUCGUCACUGAUGCUAACUUCGACUGCUCCGCCACUGGCUUCUCACUCCAAGCCAUGGAUUCUAGCCACGUCGCACUCGUUGCGCUUCUCUUGCGAGCAGAUGGGUUUGAGCACUACCGAUGCGACAGGAAUCUCACAUUGGGGAUGAAUCUGGUGAACAUGGCCAAGAUGCUGAAAUGUGCAGGCAAUGAUGACAUCAUCACAGUGAAGGCUGAAGACGACGGCGACACAGUCACCUUCAUGUUCGAAAGCCCAAAGCAAGACAAGAUAUCUGAUUUCGAGAUGAAGCUCAUGGACAUUGACAGCGAGCAUCUCGGCAUUCCCGACGAGGAGUACGAUGCCAAUAUCAAGAUGCCAGCAGGGGAGUUCCUCCGCAUUUGCAAAGACCUCAGCUCCAUUGGCGACACAGAACCAUGGGUGCAUGAGCCACGAAGCGAGUACGGAGGGAAAUCUUAUCAGCAGAUGCUGAACAACGUGAGCAAAUCCGCUGGGAUCAAUAUGGAAGUGGACAUGAUCACUGGAAGUACUUGGAGGAACGACACACAAGGUGCAUAUGCAACUGUUUUGAAAGACUUUCUGAGAGUAAGAGAUUCUCGGUUCACCUUGGUACGCUAUGAAGACAUCUGGUACCAAGAGCAAAGAAGGAUAGGCUCAGCUUUUGCAUCCAUUGGAGCUUGGUACGAAUUGAAGAACAGCCUGCUUCUGAAGAUCUUCGUCCAAAGUGCAGUGAAGGUUGGCCAGGAAAGUGCAGCUUACCGCUCUGUUGCAAAAGGGGUGCUCUCUGCUGAAGACAGUGGGAAGGAUCACUUCAGGAAGGGCACACCAGGAGAUUGGAAAAAUCACUUGACAAAGCAAAACAAGGGCUACAUACGUGAGAAGCUGGGGUCUCUGUUGGUGGACCUUGGUUAUGAGAAGACUAUGACUUGGUAG